ACAACACAUGGCUGGAGCUCCAUCCAAACGACACCCCACAUCGUCAUUUCACAACUGCCACCAAGCACUCGCCCAGGACACUACCACAUUCACCCCCCUAGGCUCAAAAAUCAGCAGCACGUUGGCACAAGCACGAUCAGCAUCAUGACUGAGACUGUCCAGGCUCCCGAGGACGCCGCCGCCGCUCGUGCCGCCGAGCAGGCUCGUCUCCGCAAGGAGCGGCGAGAGGCCAAGAUCAAGGCCGGCGGCUCUGCUCGACUCAACAAGAUUACCGGUCUCGGGGGUGGCAUACCUCGCGACGCGCCAGUCCAGUCUGCACCAUCACCAGCACCGUCCACAGCUACUACUACCCAGACCUCGACGCCCCAAGCGACGCCAGCAGCAGCUUCCUCGCACGACGCCGACCCUGCAGAGGUCGACAUCUCCCAGCACUUCUACAAGCCAGAAACAACCGCCCGCAUCCCGAGCGACCCGAGCAACCUCUCCGAGAACCAACUGCGGCAGCUGAUGCUAGGCAUGGACCCGUCCUCCGCUGCUGGCCCUCAACCCCAGAACCCCUUUAGCCCCGCCGGAGGAGCUUCCAUGCCCCCCGGCAUGGAGGGCCUGCAGGACGACCCGAUCAUGAAACUCAUGAGCCAGAUGAUGUCCGGCGGCAUGCCCGGGGCCGAGGGAGGCCAGAACCCCUUCGCCGGCACCCCGCUGGACGGACUCUUUGGAAGCUUGGGCGGCUUGGACGGUGGUGCAGCAGCAGGCGGCGCCGGCCCUGCAGCCAACAGCCCCUUUGCCCAAGCCCAGCAGGCCGUCGCCCAGAAGACGACGAACCUCUGGCGGAUCCUGCACGCCGUCUUCGCGAUCGGGCUCGGCCUGUAUGUCGCGCUGUCCACCACCUUCACGGGCACCCACGCCGAGCGCGAGGACGGGACCAUCGAGAGCACGGGUUUUUUCGGGGCCCGCAGCGUCGACGAGACAAAGGCCUACUUUUUCUACCUGUUCACCUCAAUCGAGGCCGUGCUCCUCACCUCGCGCUUCUUCCUGGACAAGGACCGCGCGCCGCCGACGGGCUGGGCCUGGACGAUCAGCGGCUUCCUUCCCGGGCAGGUGCAGAGUUAUCUGAGGCAGGCGCUGCAGUACGGUCGGAUCUUGAGCACCAUUAGGAGUGACGCGCUGGUCUGUGUUUUUGUGCUGGGGGUUUGUGUAUGGUUGCGGUCGUGAGGGGGGGUGAUGCGGCUUGGGAGGAGAGAUGAUGACUGACUAUGGGGCGGAAUAGGGGGUUGCAGACUUCAAAGAAUAAAAAACAAGAUCGUAUUGUCUACGCGGUCUGCUGUAAACGAUUACGGAUCUUUGCAACGCACGACAUGGCUCUCUUGCAGUCUCAGAGUGAUAUCCCGUCCGUCAAGCACCAUACCUCUAUUGAAAAGCUGCUAAC